CAGUCAAAAACGGGAUAAAAAAGUUCGAGUUUUUCCUGAUUGGACAGCACUUCCUGGUUCGGAUGGAUAAUUCUUCUUUCCCAAAAAUCCUUGAAUCCAACCAAAAGGCCUUACCAGAACCUCAAUUAUUGAGGUUAAAAUCAUGGUUCAGCAGGUAUGAUUUUGAAGUCCAGCAUAUAAAAGGGACGAGAAAUCUCAUCCCAGAUUUCUUAUCCAGACUCUCAAAACCACAAAAUCAACCUAGUCCUCCUCACCUCCACAGUCAAUCUCCCUAUAAUCUUCAUGGCCUCUUCGUCUUCAAAAACCACUCUGCAACCUCCCUCACCACCAGAUCUUUCCACCAACCUCACAACCAAACAAGUCACUGAUUUUGCUAGAAAUAUGAUGUUUCAUUAUUUGACAACUUUCCAACAAACUUUCUCAAUGCCCAUUCAACCCAACUUCUUUUUUCCAGAUUACCCUUGGUAUAUGAUUUAUCACCUUUCUCCUACCCAUCCUCAGAUUGAAAGUGAAUUAUGGUUCUUAUGGUGUCUUUCUACAAUUUGCUAUGAUGCUCCGAAGUGUUUGAGGAAGAAUCAGAAUCAUAAGGACUGAUGAGUGAUUGUUCUAGUAGUUUGGAAAGAGACCAGUGGAGGAGUUUGAGUUAUGCUAAAAGCCAAAUGAAUAUGUGUCUUGGGAUUCUUUUCAUCUACGUGAAAUGGCUUACAAAAAAUUGGCAGAUGAAAUGUGGAGUGGGCUUAGCCACUUCCUUAAUAUUGUUGCCCCUUACCAGUCAAAGCAACUCUGGACUUUCAGCCUGAUAAAGAAAAAUGCCUGAUAUGUUUUCAUUUAUUAAUAUUAUCAUUGUAAAACUAACAGGGUCAUUCUGGUACCCUGCUAUUUAAUAAACCUGAUUGGACUGAUAUGCAUAAUAAUAAGGGAUUUUUAUACAAGUAAGGGAAAGCGGCGGCCAUAUUUUAUUCUUGACUAGUGUUUAUGAAGUUGUGAGUGACCCUGCAACAAGUCCUUUUUAACAGGGAUUAUGGAUGAAGAAAGUUAAGUUUCUCUAUAUAAAUGAAUAAAUGAUAACAAGGCAAGGGAAUGAGAUGUUGGAAUUGUUGAACCUCCAAGAACUAAGGUUGAAGAAUAAAGAACUCAAGAAAAGUAUGAUCCUUUGGCUUCGGAGAUACAUUAUGAAAAUUAAAUAAAGUAUCCCUUAAGGAAAGAAUAAAAGAAAUGGUAUCACUUGAAGAAGUAAAAACAUCAAAUUCCUCCUUUGGAAUCAGAACCAAUAAACUACCUCAAAAUCACAUAACAGUUCAAUCUAUUUUUCCUUACUUUAGCUGAACUCACCAGAAUGCAAAAAUCCAAAUGAACUUUCCCAUAGAAAAUUCAACGUCUCAUGAGUGUUGCCAUCACCUUUACAAUGCUUAUUCUUUCAAGGGUUGCUGUUUGUUUUCCAUCAUUUUCUGUCUCUUCAUAGUCAUAGUCAUUGGAAUCCUUGCCUUGGCUUUUUUCUUGAUCUUAAAGCCUCAAGAACCCAAAUUCUCUCUAUCAACAAUAGAGGUUGAUUCCUACAGGCUAAGUGUCUAUUCAGGUUCAAGCCUGUUUAUUUCCUCUAAUGUUUCUUUAAUCCUGAAUGCAAUAAAUCACAACAAAGUCGGCAUCAGAUACAGUCCUUCAUGCCUUAAUCUUUAUUACCAUGGAAUUCAAAUAGGAGUGGUUAAAAUUCCAGGUUUUUAUCAACCAGCUAACAGUGACAAUGUCGGAGUUAUUACAAAGAUUUCUCUCCAUUGUAUCAAUGUGAGCCAGAUUAUUAAUGAAGGGUUUUUACAAAAAAAAGCAAGCAAGAAGGUUGUUCAAAUGAAAUUAAUAGGUGACAUUAGAGUACAACUGCGACUACUUCACCUAACCAUGCCAAAAAUGAAGGUUGCAUUGGAAUGUGACAUAGGCAUCAAUUAUGCAGAACUACCGUUCGAGAAUUAUGAACUCUUCAAUAAGGAAGUUGUUCAAGAACAUCUCGCAUCUCUUCCUGUUAACUCUGGUUCCUUCUCCAAGAAUUGUACAUUAGCUUUGUAUAUAUGAAGAAUACCCACUCCAAAUAUAUUUGUCUUAUCAAUGUAAAAAUUCAAUUUUCAAUUCAUCAUAAUUCCACUUCACACUAAGAUCAAAAGAAUAUAUUUAUAAUCUUUCA